GCCCCUUCCACCCACCCCUUUGUAAAACGUCAAAUUCUCAUGAAUUACAAUAAUAAUAAACACAAUGAAAAUAAUUAGAAACGAUACGGACGUGAAAUAAAGCACUAAAAAUGGAAUUGUUUAGAUCAGAACUUUAUUAUAUAUUUGUUAGGAAAGAGUCGAGUUUGUGGUGGAAUCGACUAACUGGGGCAUUUUCAGUCCGAUCAGCAUGGGAUCUCUCAGACAUCGAAGAUAUAGAAUGCUUAGGUAUUACAGAAGGAAUAAUCGGGAAGGUGGACCACUCGAACGUUUACGAACCUCGUCUGAUGAUAAUAAAAGAGAGUGUUCCAGUUGGGCAAAUCUACUUCCACCAUACAAUAUAUAAGAUCAAGUCGGUAUGUUUUCUAAACAUGGGCGCGGCGAACCAGGAGGUGGAACUCAGUGCUUGCACCAAGCACAACUCCUCCAGCUCAGUGGCAAGUAGCAAUAAAUUGAUGAAUAAAAAAAUGGGCGGACGUCUCUUUGAGAAAUCAGCUUUCUUGAACAAAACCGUAGGUGCUGUCACAAAAGUUAGUAACACUAUCAAAACGACCACACAGCAGGCUGCUACACAGGUAAAACAAUCCGUACAAAAACAGAGAGACCCAAAAGUAGCAGAACGUCUAGAAAAGCGGAUCACAGAUGAAUUGUACAAGAUCUUCGAAGACUCCGAUAGCUUUUACUAUUCCCGUACACUAGACUUGACGAACAGCUUGCAGCGUCAGUAUGAGGUAGAGAAGCUUCUAGAAGCUGAAGAAGAGAAAAAGCCUGUGUCUGAUAUAACCAGGUGGUGGAAACAUGUGGACGACAGGUUUUUCUGGAAUAAGCAUAUGCUCAAAGAUAUUAUAUCUUUAGGGAGUCCCGAUUGCGACCAAUGGGUGCUCCCAAUCAUCCAGGGCUACGUCCAGCUGGCUCAGAUCCCUGUGGAGACAGCCGAGAACCCCCUCAAUACCGAGUCCCUGUCCAGUACCAACAGCUGUGAUGAGACCUUCACCGUCGGGAUCAUCUCUAGGAGGUCCAGAUAUCAGGCUGGGACUAGGUACAAUCGUCGUGGGAUAGACUCGAGCGGCAAGGUGGCCAACUACGUGGAGACGGAGCAGAUUGUGUCCAUCAUCUGCUCAGAUUGCGUCCACAGGGCUUCCUUCGUUCAGGUCCGAGGUUCUGUGCCGAUAUUCUGGAGCCAACCUGACUACAAGUUUAGACCACCGCCUCGGCUUGAUAAGACCGAAGACGAAUCCCACGAUGCGUUCAAGAAGCACUUCGCAGAAGAACUGGGCUUGUACAAGCAAGUGUGUAUCGUGAACUUGGUGGAGCAGCAGGGGAGGGAGAGGAUCAUAUGGGAGGCUUACGGCACCCAUGUACUCAAGUACAACAGUCCUGACAUCAUAUACGCUACCUUCGACUUCCAUGAAUACUGCCGCGGGAUGCACUAUGAGAACGUGAGCAUCCUGAUCAACGCGAUCGCAGACAUCAUCGGCGAGAUGCGGUUCUGCUGGCGCGACGACCGCGGCCUCAUCUGCAGCCAGGCCGGCGUGUUCAGGGUCAACUGCAUCGACUGCCUCGACCGCACCAACGUCGUCCAGACGGCUAUAGCAAAAUACGUGCUAGAGCUGCAGCUGUGCCGUUUGGGGCUGGGCACGCCGGGCGCGGGGCUGGCGGGCCGCCUGCGAGCCGCCUUCCUCACCAUGUGGGCCGACAACGGAGACAUCAUCUCGCGGCAGUAUGCCGGCACUAAGGCACUCAAGGGUGACUACACAAGAACCGGCGAACGCAAAUUCUCAGGCAUGAUGAAAGAUGGCGUGAAUUCAGCUAACAGGUACUACUUAUCGACGUUCAAAGACGCCAUCCGCCAAGUGGCCAUCGACGCCAUGACUGGCUCGGCGGCCGCUCUGCCGCAGCAGCUGAUGUCGGCGCCCGAGUGCUCACCCUGCCUCUCUGUCAAGGUCCUCACUUACCAUGACUGCCAAGACGAUCAACAGCUGGACACGGAAGCCAUGGCGCAGCAUGUGAAGUCGCUCAUAGAUGACUGCAAGAAGCUCAUCGUGGACACAGAGCCCGUGCUCGGCUCCUGGGGACUCAUCGACGCAGACCCGCACACGGGCGACCCUCAAGAGACGGAGAUGGACACAGUGCUCCUGUUGACAAACGAGGCUUACUACGCGGCUGAUUACGACGAGACUUCCGACCGCAUUCUAUCCGUGCAGCGGGUGCCGCUGCGUGACGUCACCGCCAUCGAACUCGGCACCGUCGACACUGGCACCAACAUCUUCAACGUGGGUCGGAAGAACAGCGGUGACCCGGUGGUGUGCAUCCGUAUCAACUACACAUACGGCGGGGAGCCGGGGUACUUCCACAUGUUCCGCUCCACGUCGCUGCGGUUCUUCAACAACAUGGCCGUCGCUAUCAACACGCGCGAUGAGAUGAUCGAAUCCCUGCAUUCCAUCUGCGAGACGAUCAUAGUGGCUCGCGACGUGGCCAAACUGCCGACGAUAGCUUUCCAUGAUGGCGUCAAACUUGAACGGAAGAAGUCCAAAGUGCAUCCAAUCCAAGGACAGAGCAGUGCUGGCAAAUCGUCUCUAUACUUAGACCUGUCACGACUGCCUACAUUGACGAAGAACGUGAGCGAGACGCAACUAGUUGCUGACAUACGGAGCGUUGGAUCCAAAGCCCUCAACAACAUGACGGAACAGUUCUCUAAACUUAACAAGUUGAGUCAUUCACUCAACGCCCGCGCGCGCCCCUCCCUACAACUACGCUUCGACCAGGGCGCCUCCCGCACCAAGAAGAUAUUCACCCUCGGCAACAAAACCGACAAGAAGAAGGGAAGCCUGUCCGACGGCAUGAGCUCAGACUACUCAUCAGACGACGACAACAGAACCAAUAUCUUCGAACCCACAUUGGACAACUUCGAAAACACCCAACAUUACAUCGGGAAAUCCAACACCAAAACUGACACAGAAAAUGACUGCGAACUCAUAGAAAAUCCCCUUUACUCCUCCAAAAUAGAACCGCAAGAAAACCAAGUGAAUCAAGAGUUAGUCGCGACAGAAUUGGUCUCGACAUCUGAGAAGCAGACGUUGAAAACCCCUUCGAAUGUCAGGAAGACAAACCCGUUCGACGUGGAGUCGAAAACUCCAGAAAUUCAAGUGGAUUCGAAACCUUUACCGCCUAACUCUUUGGUUCUGACGCAGAAGCUGUCGCAUAGUUCGAGCGAUAUUAACUAUGACGAGAAGGAUCAGUCGGAUGUGAACUUUCACGUGCGUUCGAACUCUCAGCAUGAGAUCACGCUGAAUAUAGCUCAGUCUCACAGCGAGUCAGCGUUGCGACAGUUCAAAAACAUCGCUAGUCCCGUCUCGAGUGCUACACGAGACAUGGUGUUGUCCCCGCUGUCCAAGUUGGCUAAAGGCGUCCAGACGCUUGGCGCCAACUUGGAUCCGAGGAAAAUGAAGAACGCGCCAGGUGUCAAGCAUAUAUCCGAGGUUCAAUACGAAGAACAUCGUAAACUGCAGGAGAAAUGGCGCGAUUGCAACACCAGACUCGUCGCACUCUAAGGCUAGUGUUGCCAACCUCGAAAUUCCACCCGAGUGUUACCAGGUGAAAAAAUCCCACUUUCCAUUAGAAUUAAAUAGAAAAAAUUACGAAUAUUGAUUCCUACAUUGUUAUAAAUUGUAAUCGAUACCUAAUUUUAUAUUCUAACAUUCCUUCUUUAAAUACCUAUCCUAUUUGUGAUAUAUUUAUAUACGGCAUCACAAAAACCCAGUUUAUAUCAACAUAAUACCUUCGAAUAACUUAACAGUAUUAUAUUAAAAUAAAUAUCUACUUAAAAAUAUUAUAAAGUAAUCGAUAAUCUAGCAAGAUUUUUAAAAUU